UUCACAGUCGCUCUACUUAGCUGAAAAAACACCUCGAGUCCUCAACACACUCUCUCUCCGUCUCUCUGCUGUGUGUGGGAUUGGGAAGCAUGCGACCUCCGAGGGGUGGAGGUGGUUUUAGAGGGGGUAGAGACGGAGGUUUUAGAGGGGGUAGAGAUGGUGGUCGUGGUGGCAGCAGAGGUGGACGUUUUGGUGGCCGUGGCGGCGGUGGUUUUGGAGGCCGCGGUGGAUUUCGCGACGAAGGACCUCCUGCUGAAGUUACAGAGGUUUCUUCCUUUCUUCACGCAUGUGAAGGUGACGCCGUAACCAAGCUCACGAAUGAGAAAAUACCAUAUUUCAAUGCACCUAUUUAUCUGCAGAACAAGACCCAGAUUGGGAAGGUUGAUGAAAUAUUUGGCCCCAUCAAUGAAUCUUAUUUUUCAAUUAAGAUGAUGGAAGGUAUCGUGGCAACUUCUUAUGCGAUGGGUGACAAGUUUUACAUUGACCCAGCAAAGCUUUUGCCCUUGUCAAGAUUUCUCCCACAGCCAAAGGGACAGGCACAAGCUGGUGGACGAGGUGGAGGUCGUGGAGGCAGAGGUGGCUCUUUCAGAGGUGGUGGGCGAGGUGGUGGUUUUCGAGGAAGGGGUCCUCCAAGGGGAGGAGGCAGAGGUGGCUCGUUUAGAGGUGGUGGCCGUGGCGGUGGCUUCAGGGGCCGAGGGAGAUCAUAGAACAAUUGCAUUUCUUUUUUCACUUGCCAUUCCAAAAUGUCUUUCUGAGCACUGGAAUGCAACAGGGAGUAUUGUGUUUUGAGGACCAAUUAUCAGUGGUUGAUACAAAUUGAGUUUUCUUUAUUAGUUAUUGCAAUUAUGGUUAUCAGCAAAAGUAAUUCUAUUCGAACUGCAAAAAUGUUCUUUGCAUGUGAGCUCUCGAAAGAACUCAUCUAAAUGAGCAUGUACAGCAGUUGCAGGCCAAAAAGCUAGUGUUUUACUAUUUACUGAAUCA